AUGCUGCAUUAUUUUGUUGCCGACUAUUGGACAAAGAGACGGCCCAUGGUCAAAACAUCACCAUCAACACAAAAUGAAUUACAACAACAAACAACCACCGAGCAAAAAUCAUCCCCCAUGGUACCCCCUCGCCCAAGUAUGCCAACAGAAAUCACACGAUCCGCUUCGUGGGAGUCAUUCUCAACAACAAGACCAUGUUCAGCCGAUUGGCACAGCAAUAAGCAAUCCUGGUCCUUUAGUGAAGAUUAUGUCUCUUUUCCAAGCCUGAUUGAAGAUGAAAAAGAACCUCAGGCUGCCUCCUCACUAUAA